AUGGCGCAUCUACCAUCAGUUCUCAGUGGUCGAGAUAUCAAUUGGUGUCCUGAUGGACGAGCUUAUCAUCCAUAUUGUCCGGGACCUGCAGACCCAGAUGGAUACAACUAUUGUUGUACACACUUCUAUCUUGGAAGCAGCAAACCUUCGUGUUGUCGAUUUCCAAUUCAUACUGGACUUUUCGUUUCUCUUAUUAUUUGCUCACUACCUCUAGCUAUACUUUUUGUUUUCUUUUACUGUUGGUGCUGGCCAUCAAGCCAUUGGAAUCGUAGACGACUACUGCGAACAGCACAAUAG